AUGCCGAAUAUUAUAAAACCUUUAGUGUUUAAUGUAAUAGCAGAAUGUAAAACAAGCAAAGCACGUGCCAGUAAAAUGAUUUUACCUCACGGUCCAGUAGAUACGCCUGUUUUUAUGCCAGUAGGAACACAGGGUACUUUGAAAGGAAUGCUUCCAGAGAAACUUAAUGAAAUGGGUCUGCAAAUAAUGUUAGCCAACACUUACCAUUUAGGAACGAAACCAGGGCCAGAAAUUUUAAAAAAGGCUGGAGGCUUGCAUAAGUUUAUGAACUGGGACAGGAAUCUGUUAACAGACUCUGGUGGAUUUCAAAUGGUAUCUCUGUUAAAAUUAGCUGAAAUAAAUGAACAAGGAGUAAAAUUCCAAUCCUUAAAUAAGGAAAAAGGAGAAGUUAUGUUAACUCCUGAACAUUCUAUUGAAAUCCAAAAUGCUAUUGGUGCUGAUAUAAUAAUGCAGUUAGAUGAUGUCAUUAAAACUACUUCUCCUGACAAAAGUAGGAUAGAAGAAUCUGUUUAUAGAACAACUCGAUGGUUAGAUAGGUGUAUAGAAGCUCAUAGUAAUCCAGAUACACAAAAUAUUUUUCCAAUUGUACAGGGAACCUUAUAUGAAGAUUUAAGAAUAAUUAGUGCUCAUGAUUUAACUAAAAGAAAUUUAAAUGGAUUUGCCAUUGGUGGAUUAAGUGGUGGUGAAAGCAAAGAUGAUUUUUGGAAAAUCGUCCAUUUAUGUACAGAUCUUUUACCUAAAAAUAAACCCAGGUAUCUAAUGGGAGUAGGUUUUGCUACGGACUUAGUUGUAUGCUCUGCUUUAGGUGUAGACAUGUUUGAUUGUGUAUUUCCUACAAGAACAGCGAGAUUUGGUUGUGCUCUAACCAUGACAGGACAACUGAACCUCAAAAAAACAAAAUACGCCAAAGAUUUCAAACCAAUUGACAAGGAUUGCUGGUGCAGUACUUGCAAAAAUUAUACCAGAGCCUACCUCAGUGGCAUCGUCACCGAUUUACCAAUAGCAUCCACUCUCUUGACAGAACAUAAUGUUGCAUUCCAAAUGAGGUUGAUGCAAAAAAUCAGAGAUAGCAUUUGUGAGGGAAAAUUCCCUGAAUUUGUUCAAGCCUUUAUGCUGGGUGUACAUCCUGAUAAAUGCUAUCCAACCUGGAUUAUUGAUUCAUUAAUGGCUGUGAACAUUACUCUACUGUGA